CAACUUCGAAUGUAUCUGUCCCAACAACUUCAAACAUGCCUGUUAUUUCUUUCACUAUUCCAAAUGUUUUCAUUAUCCCUUCGGUUACUCACAAUACUCCUGUCACUUCUUUUACAGAUUUUACUAAUCUUCAUAUGCUGCUACAACAACAUUAUCCUUCUGUGCAACUAUUUAAUUCUUUAGUUUUAAACAAAACUAAUAAUGAAAGCCAUAUUUGGGACAAAAUUGUUUUGAAUAUUCAAGAUUCUACUUCAAGUAUUAUUUUAAAAGAGUGUUCCAAAACUUCGUUUCAACAAAAAUGUGAUUCUCUUCACCAAAAAUAUCAUAAUAUUAAAGAUAUUAUCAAAAAUACAGAUAUUCAAAGUUUGAUUAAAGAACAAACAAAUACUAUCAUCGAGACAAUCAAAGAGCAAUAUUUACAUACAUGUGAAGUUCAACAAUGA